UGUCAAUUUAGGAAAAUGAGUGAGGGGAUGUGGGGGAAUAAAUUUCACUCGAGAUGCGGUGAAUUGAUUGUGUUAUCAAAUAGCAACAAGACAGCCGUUAGAAGCUCGGCAACACAUGAAUUUAAUCAUGGACUUGUUUUUAGCCAUGCACCGUUGAAUGAUUAUCAAAUUUUUGAGGUGAUAAUCGAGGCCAAGGUGAACUCAUGGAGUGGAGGUCUACAGAUCGGAGUGACGCCAUGCAACCCUGCCUCACUGGAACUGCCGGCCAGUGCCAUGGACCUCAGGAGUGGCACCUGGAUCAUGUCUGGCAGCUCUGUGUCCCGCGACGGGAGGUCGGUGGUGGAACUGUACGGCUCCGACCUGGAUCAGCUGGCGGAGGGCGACACAGUUGGCGUGUCGCGAUCACACAAGGGCGAGCUGGUGUUCUACGUAAACGGCUCGCCUCAGGGUAUCGCCGGCAGCGGUCUGCCCGCUCAGGUGUGGGCCGUGGUCGACCUUUACGGGAAGUGCUCACAGGCGUCGAUUACCAACUGCAACCGUCACUCGGAACGUGACAACCGGUGCGGCGGCGCCGAGGCGCGCUCGUCCGGCGACCGGCUGCGCUUUCACAGUCGGCACGGCAGCCUGGUGCUGCUGACGGCACAGGAGCGGUCGGCCGAGCGGCGCCGGCCGCUGGACGAGUUUAACAACGGCGUGGUGCUCACCCACCGGCCGCUGAGGGAUGAUGAGCUGUUCGAGAUCCGCAUUGACCGUCUGGUAGACAAGUGGUCGGGCUCGAUCGAGGCCGGCAUUACCACCCACUGUCCGGACACGCUGAAGAUCCCGGCCACCAUGACCAACCUGCGCACCGGCACCAUCAUGAUGUCCGGAUCGGGCAUCCUCACCAACGGCAAGGGCACCCGCCGAGAGUACGGCACCUUCAACCUGGACGAGCUCAAGGAGGGAGACCGGAUCGCCAUGAUGCGUCGCAGUAACGGCACGCUGCACUUCUUCAUCAACGGCCUGGACCAGGGCGUGGCUGCCACCAACGCCCCGCCCACCGUCUGGGGCGUGGUCGAUCUCUACGGCAUGACCGUCAAGGUCUCAAUAGUGGACGACAGCGAGGACCGGGUGGCCGGCGCUGCCGACCCGCAGCUGCCGGACAACUCCCGGGGCCUGCCGCUGCCCCUGUCCCUGUCUGCCGCCGACCCGCACCUCCUGACGUUUCACACGAGCUGCGGCAGCCACGCGGCCGUGCUGCCCGACGGGCGCACCGCGCACAGACCCAAUGCGAUGGACGACUUCAACAACGGCGUGGUGAUGACGGCGCGCCACCUGCGGCCGCAGGAGCUGUUCGAGGUGCGGCUGGACAAGGUGGUCACCAAGUGGGCCGGCUCCAUCGAGAUCGGCGUCACCACGCACGGCCCCACCGAUCUCGAGUACCCGUCCACAAUGACCAACGUCAGGUCAGGCACAUGGAUGAUGACCGGCAAUGGCGUCAUGCACAACGGCACCGCUGUGCUGGACGACUACGGACACAACCUGGACAGGCUCAAGGUCGGUGACCGUGUGGGUGUCACCGUUCACGAGGACGGCCGGCUGCACUUUUUCGUGAACGGCGUCGACCAGGGUGUGGCGGCACUGGGCGUGCCUCGCGCCGUGUACGGAGUGGUCGAUCUGUACGGCCAGGCUGCUCAGGUGACCAUCGUGGAGCGGGUGAGGUCGCAGGCGCCAUCACCGGCUGCUUCAACCGGCUCCAGCUCCACCCUGUACAGCGACCUCAAGUUCCACCAGCUGCACGGCAGGAACGCUCGUGUCUCCAUGAACGGGGCCACGGCGAGCCGUCCGAACGCGCACGGCGAGUUCAACGAGUCCAUCAUCAUGUCGAACCGGCCGCUGCGCGACGCCGAGGUCUUUGAGGUGAUUAUCGAGCGGAUGGUGGACCGGUGGAGCGGCAGUAUCGAGGCCGGCGUCACUCUGGUUCCGCCCGAGGAACUCAAAUUCCCGCGCACCAUGACCGACAUCGACUUCGAUACCUGGAUGAUCUCCGGCUCGGCUGUGAUGAAGGACGGCAAGAUAAUCCGUAACCGGUACCGGUGUGACCUGGACACUCUGGGUGUGGGCUCCCGGCUGGGUCUGGCGCGGCUGGCUGACUCUACCCUGCACGUCUAUAUCAACGGAGAGGACCAGGGCGUGGCCUGUGACGGCGUCCCGCCCAACGUGUACGCAGUGAUAGACCUGUACGGCCAGUGUGCGCAGGUGAGCGUGUUGAACCACGUCACCCGGCUACAGGACAACAGCCUGCUCUGCUCCGACUCUCAGAUAUUGGAGAGCUCGCAGGCGCUCAGUAUACUGCUGGGCAACGAAAUAGCGCACAGAUUUAGUCUAUGUUGUGGUAAGAAUGUGAAUCUUCGCAAUAAUAAUACGACGGCCGUCCGGCUGCGAGGCUUCUCAAACUCUGUGAUAAUCACCGCGGCUCCGCUGCUUCCUGAGGAGCUGCUCGAGCUGCGGAUAGAGCAGCUGUGCGACCAGUUCGCCGGCUCUCUCCGCCUGGGUCUGACGUGUUUCUCGCCCAACAACGUGGGCUGUAUGCCGUCCAGCCUCGACCAGAUUCCCGAGCACACGUGGUGGGUCGAAGGCAGUGAGGUGCGGCGGGCGGGCGGCACGGUCCGUACCAACUACUGUCCCAGCCUGGACCGGCUGCGGCGUGGGGACCGGGUCGGAAUCAGGUGCACGACCGACAACUGCCUGCGACUGGUCAUCAACGGGGAGGACAUGGGCGUGGCGGCCUCCGGACUGCCCAGGCGCGUGUGGGGCGUGGCCGAGCUGUACGGCCGGACCCAGUCGGUGACGGCGGUGAGCACGUGCCGCUCCCUGGCCUCACCCGGCGGUGGGCUGCCGGCCAGCGGUGCGCCCGACUCGCCCGUCUCAGUGAUGCAGGACUCGCUGGAACUGGGCGGUGCGCGACCGUUGCCAGCGGCAGCAGCAGCAGCCGUCCCCGGGGCGGCAGGAGGGCCGGCAACUCCAGCGGCGGGACCCUCAGGAUCCUCCGGUCUGGCGGGAUCCACUCCACCGCGGCCGGUCGAACCCGCGGUCCGCUUCCGCGACUGUCACGGUCGGAAUAUCGCGCUGAGCAACAAGGGCUGCGUGGCACGCCGGGUGGCGAGCUACAACCAGGGCCUGGUGCUCUCCGCCCAGCCGCUGCGAGCCGGACAACUUUUUGAGGUCCGUAUUGAGCGGUUAUUACCCUGCUGGAGCUCGUCUGUGAUGGUGGGUGUCUGCUGCUUGGGCCCGGAGCGGGAGCGGGCCGCCAGCCUGCCGGUGUCGGCGCUCGGACUGCGCCGCUCGGCCUGGUGCAUCGCCUCCGACGCCGUCUUCCACAACGGCGUCAAAGUGCGCGGCCGGUACGGUGUGGACCUGGACACCCUGUCCGCCGGUCACCUAGUAGGAGUUCUGGUAGACGCCGAGGCCCGGCUUCACCUCUUCGUCAACGGCGUGGACCAGGGCGUAGCCGCCGGGCCCGUGGCCAUGCCCUGCUACGCGCUAGUGGAUCUCUACGGACAGUGUGUUCAGGUGUCCAUCAGUCAGUCGGACCCUGACCAGGAGGAGCCCGACCCGUCCACUGCCGGCUCACUGCGGCCGCUCGGCACCGGCGGUGACCGCGCGCCCGGCGAGCUGGCCGCCGCUGUGAUAAAGAACUGCACCUUCCAGAGCGCCUGCCUCCGCUUCAGGAGCUCACUCGGUCUGCCAGACGAGUACUUUAGCCCGGAGCCGGCGGCCCAGUGUCUCUGUGAGCCGUGCUGCCGUCUCCGCGGCGGCAGCGGCAGCGCGGACGGCCCGGCCGCUCGGCCCGCCGCUGGCUGGUGUCGCCUGCCCCUGGCCGCGCCUACAGGAGCGGCGGUGAGCGCCGACCUGAGCUGGCACACGGCGUUCGCGGCAGUGAGACUGGGCGACAUCCGACGGACACUGGACAGGGGACAACUGCUGGUGCCGGGCGAGCUGGGAAUGCAGGCGCUGCUGACGUGCGCGGUAUGUUCUCUAACUGGUGACUGCGUGUGUACGCAGGCGAGCUGGGUAUGCAGGCCCUGCCGACGGGCCGGGGGAAGGACGAUGACUCGGGCCGUGCCGAGCUGGUCUUCUACCCGGCGUUACGGCAGGCGGCGGCGGCGGCCACCUGGCCACCAGUCAGGUACUCUGAGCCGUCGCUGGGCCGAGUGGUGGCCAGCGCUGCACUGGAGGUGCGCCUGCGGCCGGGCGCCUACACUGCCGACGGACCGCGCUGGAUGGUCAAAGAGCGGGCCGCCACCGCGCUCAGCGCUCUGCUACUGCGGCUGGAGCCGGCGUAACAGCCGCCGCGGCUACAUUCCAAAUCACCAGCCGGGCCGAGCUCUACGGGUCACACAGAACAAACGGCACCGCGGCUUCCGCAGCCCGCAGUCCCGGCCGGUCCGGCCCGUCUAGGGGGCUCGGACGGCCGACCACAGGCAGCUAGACGCCGAGACGCUACGCCGAGAUAUGGUUGUGAGCCUCAGUCGCCUAUAUGAGUUGUGCCGCCGAUGAGGAGCGGGAUAUUAUUUCGGAGCUCAGUGCCUCCCGCCGCCCAUGAGAGCCUGGGGAGGGCUGCAAGCGUCCGGAGCCCUCAGUCGCUGGAUUAGUCUAUUGACAUCCGCCACGUAUGCCUGAUCGGCCCGGCGCGCCGGCCGGUCCAUCUAGUCACGAUUGGCGCCGCCUGCCGCGCCGCCGCAGCCGCCACGCUGUCGUGUCGCUAUUGUUGCCAUGUCGCUCACGCAGUCACCUGUUUUUACCGCAUAAUAUAGACGCCUGACGUGGUUUUGA